GUCAGAAGAGAGAAAAGCUUUUUCAAUAUAUGCCAAAUGUAACUGUUAAAACAGGAGCAAAAGGAACGUGUAAUAAAAUAGUUUGUUGUGUGUUUCACUGCAGCACAUAAACGUGUGAAGCACUUAGAAAAUAAUAUUUUUUUUUUACGGGAUGAGCUGGACAAAUACAUUUUUUUUCACUCUUAACAUAUCACUCAUAAUUUGGUGUUGAAAUUAAUAGCUGUUUGCACCAAAACACACAGUUGUAGACAAAACAAAGGGUCAAGGGUGCUAUAUUCAAUUUGUCUCCCACACACAUAUUUGGAAAAUCAACACAAGAAAAAAAUUUUUUAUUUAAUGUAUUUAAAAAAUAUAUACUAGGUAUUCUGGAAUGGUUUAUUUUUUAUUUUUUUGUUAUUCUAUAAGGACAAUAAAUUAGUAGAAAUGAACAUCUAAAGAUGUCUUAACAUCAAACCUGCACACAGAUUAAUAUUCAGCAUUGUCGUGCAGACUGAAAUUCCCAUGCACAGGCUGCAGGAGGAAACCUCGACGCAUACCUGACUGGCUUUAGGACCCAGGGGCGCCGCUUCUUUGUAGUUUUUGAGAUGCUGAGGAGACUGAGACGCGCUUCUUGCCUAUCACGAUUCACAUCGCGCCUCUACGAGCUGAGGAGGAUGCUGAACAUGGACAUCUGAAGCCCGCUCUGGCAGCUUUUUUUCAUUUUUUUCUUUUUUUAGUUGUGCCUCUUUUUUCCCUCCAUCACCUCUCUUUCUAUCUCAAACCCACACACAGAUAUUUUUUUAUGAAGCAGGCCAUUUUUUGGGGGGUGAAAUCGCAGGAUUGUGUGACAGCAAACACAUCUCAGGAGCAUUCCUCUUGCUGGCUGGAACCAUGAUUUAUGGAUGCCUGCAGCUCGGUUGUAAUCACAGGCUCGUAACGGUCUCAUCACAGGAGGAGGGAGCAGGCAAUUUUCCUUAACUUUCUAAGGCAUCUUGCAAGAUUCUGCUGCAGCAAAGGGACACUUCUUUUCAAUUUCCUCUUGAGCGGCUGCCCUGCCUCUGGGUGCUGAAGCGGCCAUGUGGAUCAAGGAAGGCGCUCCUUCACUCCUCAUCUGCCUGCUGGCACUCACAACUCUCUGGAAAACCAGAUCGGUGAAUGCUGAUGCCACAUCGGAUGCCUUUAAAACCAACAUCACCCUGUUCACGCGCAUCUUGGACAGACUGUUGGAUGGCUAUGACAACCGUCUGCGGCCUGGUCUUGGAGACAGGGUAACUGAGGUGAAGACCAACAUCUACGUCACCAGCUUUGGACCCGUUUCAGACACAGACAUGGAGUACACGAUAGACGUUUUCUUCCGGCAAAGCUGGAAAGACGAGAGGUUGACAUUUCACGGACCAAUGAACAUUCUGCCUCUCAACAACCUCAUGGCGAGUAAGAUCUGGACCCCAGACACCUUCUUUCACAACGGGAAAAAGUCUGUGGCUCACAACAUGACCAUGCCAAACAAACUCCUGAGGAUCAAAGACGACGGGACUCUGCUGUACACCAUGAGGUUAACUGUGCAUGCUGAGUGCCCCAUGCAUCUGGAGGAUUUCCCCAUGGACUUCCAUUCCUGUCCACUAAAAUUUGGCAGCUAUGCGUACACAAUCUCAGAAGUCACUUACGCGUGGACCCGAAACGCUUCUGACUCAGUCGUGGUUGAGGGGGAGAGCUCUCGCCUGAACCAGUAUGACCUUCUUGGGCAAACUGUCGGUCAAGAAACCAUCAAAUCCAGCACAGGUGAAUACACCGUGAUGACGGCUCAUUUCCAUUUAAAGAGGAAGAUCGGUUACUUUGUCAUCCAGACGUACCUGCCGUGCAUCAUGACCGUCAUCCUUUCCCAGGUCUCUUUCUGGUUGAACAGAGAAUCUGUGCCUGCUAGGACUGUGUUUGGUGUGACCACUGUUCUGACAAUGACAACUCUGAGCAUCAGUGCGAGGAACUCGCUGCCGAAAGUUGCGUACGCCACUGCCAUGGACUGGUUCAUCGCUGUCUGCUACGCCUUCGUCUUCUCCGCUUUGAUUGAGUUUGCCACCGUCAAUUACUUCACAAAGCGAGGCUGGGCUUGGGAUGGAAAGAGUGUCGUGAGCGAGAAGAAAAAGGAGAGGGCAUCUGUCAUGAAGAAGAACAAUGCCUACGCUGUAGCAGUCGCCAACUACGCACCAAACAUUGCCAAGGACUCCAGCACCCUUCCCACCAUUGCCAAAGGUGGCGCUGCAGAUCCAAGCAAGCCCAAAUUGGAGGGUAAAGCCCAAGACAGCAAGAAGACAUUUAACAGCGUCAGCAGAAUCGACAGGAUGUCCCGGAUUAUGUUUCCCGUCCUCUUUGGGACAUUCAACCUGGUCUACUGGGCCACAUACCUAAACAGAGAACCCGUUAUAAAGGAUAUGGUCCCCUCCAAUUAGAGACCAGGUUUAUCGGCUUCUGGUCAGGGAGCUUCGACAUGAACCAAAUUCCUCCAGCAACUGUGUAAUACCUUUGCAGUCCUGGAUUGCAGUGUGAUCCUCUCUCUCUGCCUGUUUUCUACACUGUCUGCAGCACUUUUGAAAAGCCUGGCUUUUGUAAAUGUGUACGUAUGUUUAUAUUCAUGGUCUCAUGGUGACAUAUAGCGUGAUCACUUUGACUAAAGUGCAUAUAUACUGAAGGUUUGUUUCCGAAUACAGUAUGUGUCCACUGUACGUACAAAUCCAAACACAAAUGGAUUCUAAGUGUGUUGAUUUAUGUUGAUGAUACCCACUUUUUGAUAUCACACACGAUAUAUAUAUAUAGUUAUAUAUAAAUAUAUAUGAAUAUAUAUUUAAUUUUUGAGUGAGAGCGAUUGAUAAUUUAAUUUUUCUUUUAUUCCUUGCUGAAAAGAGAGGCCUGACUCUUUCUUUCUCUUCAAGCCAAUGCAAAAACACACUUGUAUGAUACCGCAUUUUUACAGUUUAUGACUUGUAUUAUUGUCUGUGAAUCAUUGACUGUAUAUGAGAACUGGACUGAGUGCCCCCCUCCCCUCUAGCAUUCCAAACAGGAAGUAUCCGCUGCCUCCAGGAAGCUAAAAUUGCAUUAGUCUUUAUAUUUGUCAGAAUAACCAUCCUCUUUUUUUGAUAUGUUCUUGCUAAUCUUAUGUAUUUAUGACAUUUUUUGUAGUUGUAAAUUGACCAAUCAGAUACCUCAAGAAAAGUGGGCGGUGCCUGCUUGCCCCCACGUCAAACAUUUAAAACUUUUGGCGGAUUUUGUGUAGCAGUGGAGAUAUGGACUUUCAACAAGCUCACUCCUGAUUGGCAAGACAGUGAAGACGUUGAUUCAGACCAAUCACGCCUUACUGUUGAUAUCUGGGUCCAAUAUGGUUGCUUCCAUGUCACAAAAAAAGGCGACUGAAUUGACUUCCUUUUGUUGGAACUGGAAGUAAGUCAUGUUUUAUUUCAUCACAUUCACUCAGUCCAGUUCUCCUAUGCAGUCAGUGCUAUGAACACAUCAGUAUCAUCAGUUCGUUACAUACAAACCAAAACACUUAAGAUCAAAUACGUUGUAUUGCGAUCUGAUAGAUUCACAUAAAGAAAACAAAUCUGAAAGUUAAAUUAGAACUGCAUAAGUGUUUGUCAUAAUCAGUGGACACAAGAGCUACUCUAUUUUGGCUGUUUUUGGUUCUGGCAUCUCUUCAAACCUUCGCCGAUGACUUUUUCCUUUGCCUGCUUGUAAACCAGUUUUAUGUUUGCCAUUUGAAAGUGGAAGAAAACACAGUUUGCCAAAGCCUUAGACUGUAUAAAAAUAUCCACAUAGCCACAUUGAUAGCAGUCAUUAGCUUAGACACUUUGUGUUUGUCAAGACUCCUUUCCUAUGUUUUAGAGACUCGAUAUGAUGAAUGGAUGAAGAUGAAACCCUGAAACAGUAACAACCACUUUUUAUUUGUGCAUCAACUCAGAUCUCCAGCUACAUCUGAUCACAGUGCAGUGUGAGCCUCUCCAUUGACCACAUAGGACAUAUUGAUAAAGUACCCGUAUCGUUUAUAUUUUUUUAGCAGUGUUCUAGCAUACGCAAAACACCCAUAAUACAGUAGUAUAUACGAGUUUAACCAAAUAAUUGGGUCAAAAACCACAUCAGGGAGAAAUUUUACAGAUUGCGAUUCAGGGUUACAUGUUUCGCAACCAUUCGCCCCCUGCUGGCCAGUUCAACAGUUUACAGACACAUUGAUAGUGUCCACAUUUGUGAUAGAGAUGUCCAACCAACAUUUUAUAUACAAUCUAUGGUCAAAAGUUUUAUUAAAGAUAGCAUUUUGUAGCUAUACGAUGAAAGUUACCUAUCGAUCGAUCAUCUAUUUAUCUCUCUUUCUCAUUUCUGCAAAGUCACUUGAUGAGUCAGCACUUUGUUUUUAGCGAAAGUAACUCAUUUCAGAUUAAAUUUGUAAAAAUUUUGUAAAAGCAAAAUAAAUAAAAGCAAAAUCAUUUAAUACAUAAACAGGAAGUAAAAAAUAACUUUUUCAAAGUUCAGGAAUAUUUUUCACAAAACUGUGACUAAAAUCUCAUUUGUUCUUGAAGGAAAGCUAGAAUAUGGCAUUUAUUUAACCUGCACUUCUUUAAAAAUAAGAAAUUAAAUGAAUGAAACAAACAAAAAUGUCAAUUUAUUUGUUUAUCACUGUAAUUUUGCAUUGUCAGAAGAUGAUUCAGCACAUUGUUGUUGCUAUAAGUGAGUCAUUUCAGAUCCAAUUAGGUUUUCUCAAGUAUCUUGGGCUUUAUAAAUAAAAUUGAAUUGAAUUUGAAAAGCAAACUGAAGAAAUUAUAUAAAAAAAGUCAAAUAUAGGAAAAACACAAUACAUAAGGAAGAAAAAAAACAAAUUCUGCAGAAAAAAACAACUUCAAAUACAGGGGAACAAAAUGGUCAUUUGUGUUAGCAAACAUGAAGCGUGAUUCUACUUUUUCUCUUUUUUAUUUGAUGAAUUUAGUGUAAUAGAUUCAUAUUCACACCCAUUUUUUCCACUAAAGUGUUGAAUAUUGUUUUAUUUCCUUGUGUUUUUCUGCAAUAAGUGUUACAAUUUGUGGAGGACAGUGAGACGUGUCUUACCCCCAACAGCUAUGUCUGCCAUUGAGACGGGCGCUCAUUAUCUCCAGCCAGCGUGCAACCUUUUUUUAUUCUACAAAUUCAUGAUGUCUGAAGUUAUCGUGGAAUGCUUUUAAAAGAAAUGGGAAUUUGAACACAGGGACCAUUUAUAAACAAACGAGGGCCGCUGUCAAAAUGAAUUUUAAAUCAAAAGCCAUAUGUAGCUCUCAAGAAAUCCAGAAAAGUUAGCUUAAAAAUAACAAGGAUAAUAACAAGAGUGUCACUGCAAAGAAAAUUCAUCAAAGCACUAAGUUGAAGUUGUACAAUUGUUGGUAAAUUAUUUAAGAAAAAUGACUAAAGAAACCAUGACCCAUGAUUCUUUUUGCAAAUCCUCUUUAAUCAAUGUUGUAUAUUCUUAAAGAAAAAUCCUGUCCAUCCCUGUGUCUGCACUCAAUAAUCAUUAUCGUGAACUUUAUUUAUUCUGAUUUGUUUGCUGAAUCAAAUUUUGCAUGUUUUUUCUGGGUAUUUAUUGAUUUCGUUUUUCCUUUUUUUUGUAUGCUAUAACAUAUAACUCACAAUUUUUACAAUAUCCAAAAUGAAACUUAAACAUUCCAGAUAAAAUGAUUGUUUAAAAGAUGGAUGCUUGAUUUGAUGCACAGAGUUUUUAAUAAAACACACAAUUUCCGUUCUUAAUAAACUGUUGUCAUAAUUUUGGAUCAAUUUCACUGUGUAAAAUUGAAAUAAACAGACACUGUGAAUUUGGCCUUUUGUAGCCAUUAAAAAAAACUUUAUUUAA